CGUAGAUCUUCGACAGCGGUCUAUUUCUGUGCCCCACGAGAACAACAAACACGCGUUUUGUUCAAAGUUUCCUGUCGGAGGCUCCGACGGUACUCAAGAUGUUUCUAUCCUUGUGGGUUUGUUCGGCACAGCUGUUGAGCCUGUUUUCAGGAGCGGUGGCCCGCCUCACCGACCCGCAUCGGACAGGUCCAGGCAGCUCUGAAGGGUCGAAGGGCCACCUUGAUACCGUCGCCAGUGGCCGCACAUCUGGUGCAGUUCGGUCAGAAGACAAAGAAAGAGAAAAAAUUUCAUCAUCGGCUCGGCGUGAAGAUGGGGCGAAUCGUCAUUUUAUAGCUCCGGGGGAAGGAGAAGUAGAUGAAACGGACGAGGAGGUGGGGGCACAGGAGGAACCAGAUGUAGGACCACAAGGCGGCACGUUUGGUGAAAUUAUAGCGGACGUAGUGGGGCGCGGAGGAGCAGCUCCUUCAGCUUCCGACCAGAACCUACACGACCUUGAUGGCAUGGCUUCUAGUAGGCCGUCGUCUUUUGCUGGGUCGGACUCGUCUGCCCCCAGGGCCGUGGAAGUGAAGCCGGAGGGAGUGGCGAUGCCGACGCCGGACAGUGCACCCGCUGAUGAUACUAACCUCGUUUAUUCGCCGGUGAUGUCCACCUUUUUUGAGGAGGAAGUACGACACCAGGACGAAGAAGUUCUUGCGCAGAAAAUUCCUCAACAAGAAGAUGAACCCCCGAUCAUGCAUUCUGCCGGGAAGGAAAACGACGAGGACCCGCUUGCUAUGCGCCGCGGCAGCGGGACCAGCUCCAGCACUGCUGGAGGCCCGGCCACGGGGAAGUCAUUAGCUUCUUCCUCCUUUGUCACGUCUUCGGCCGCAGAGUCCGCUGCGGCUGCAGCCUCGCCGUCGUGGUGGCAGAGGUUGAGACGGAUGUUUUACGACGAGUCCACCUCCGGAGGUUCUGCGUCGGCCGACGUGCCUGCGGCUGCAGCCUCGCCGUCGUGGCGGCAGAGGUUGGGACGGAUGUUCUACGACAGGUUUGGGAACUUUGACAUAACCCAGCCCCUGCUUUACUUGAAUGGUGCAGAGGACAACGACGUGCAGGUGUUUCUAGGUACCGAUGAUCUACUCGCGUGUCAGUGUGUAUUGCUGAACAUUACGAGCACGACCACUCCUGAGGACCACGAGGACGGCAGCGCUAGCCCAAGCGCUAGAAGUACAACUAUAAUGCCCGACCCUACAGCAUCUGUCGUACCAACAUCGCCAGUACUUCUGGCCGCGCCCCACGAGCAGGACGGGGAGGUGGGUCUCAACCUAACCGGCGGCGCGGCAUCAGAGCGCAGCACGACGGCGACUACUACACGGCCGGGUGGAGCAACUACACAUGAUGGCGAACAACAGCUUCUACCACACAAUGUUAAAACAGUAGCGGAACAACAAUCGGAGCGAGUCAGCAACGACUCUGCUCUUGAGAAAUUCUUUGAGUUUGUUGCCUUUCGAGCUAACCGCACCCGGUAUAGCGGCGAGCGCUAUUACGUGCCUUGGACAUCCAUGGACUGGUAUCGCUGGAGGAUGAAAAAGAAUCCGGAAGUCCAAAGCUUCUACAUGGGGAGAAUGCUCGCUGUGGCAAAAAGCAGGCGCACGUGGUGGGAUCGCGUCCGAGACUGGUUCAAUCUUCCCGGGUACCAAAACGCGUUUGAUAGGACGCUCAGUGACUACGAGGCCAUGGGAUUCUUCAGUCUCAACCCCAUGCAGUUUGAUACGGUGCAUGACGAUUUGACGCCGCUCGAUGCGCAUCAAGACCUACGCGACUAUGACCCCUUCGUGCGUUACAAGUACAGCGACGAUCCCGAUUUCAGCUUUGUAGAUCCGUACCUGGCGCCGUAUACCGAGCGCGUCGGCCUUUUCGAAGAGCGUGAUGGUAAGCGGGUGACCGACUUCGACCUCAGUACCAAUCGACGUCUUGUCGACGUUUUGGUCCAGCUGCCGCGAAUCAAACGAGAUCCGCGGGACGUCUGGCGCAGCGAGGUGGAGCCCUCCGCUCCCGAGGACAAAUGGGCCUACUACACUAUCCCAGCGAAAAGUGUCUGUACCCCCACCCGAGAUAAAUUUCCUUGUGCUGUUGUACAUCUGUCUUGUCAUAGCAGAAAAAGAAAUAAACAUAUAGAUACAAACUAACUCGUUUUCGUUGCUAAACUCCUGUCAGUUGCAGAGACCGGAAGAGAGGCAACGCAAUUUUUUUAUCGUGCAAAACGCAGCCACCUGUAGUGCUGGUUUCUUAGCGGCUACUAGAGAGGGUAGGCACUGAAGAAGUUUCCCAUGCUGGACUACAGCCGAAAGGACCUACUUGCUCAUGAGUGAGAAAAACAGCAUAUGCACAGUCAAUUAUCUUUCUUCAUGGGUGAAUGGGUGGAUAAAUUUUCCGUGUGAUAUACACAGUGCCGAGGUUUUACUCUGGGCUCUGCCAAAUGAGCUGCGAAGCGCAGUUUCUUCGGAACCGGGCCCGGCUGAUCACCGAUAGCGUUCUUCGAGAUCACCUGCAGUUGGUCGCUAUCGAGCCUCGGGAGGGUGCUGAAAUGCGAAUGCCGUUUCGCAAUUUCAAAAUGCUCGCUGCUUCCACGCUUUUGAUUGAAGCAACGCUGGUGCGCUACAUGCAAACAGGCCCCCACUCUGUUGCGAAAAUCGACUUUCGAGAAAAUGUUUCGGUGUAAGCAAGUAACGCAUAAAGCACGGGCGAAAAAUUGCACCCGAGCCAAAGUGUGUUCUUUUUCUGAAUUUGAAAAAGCAGGAAAAUCUCGAUACUUCGGGGUAAAUGCUUGAAGAAAGCAACUUUGCUCGUGACCAUCUGAAAAAUUGGUCAUGAGUCAAGGUCGCCAUACGUUUUUUCAAGU